AUGGAAUCUAUGCCACCAGAUGCCUUCGACUCUCAUCCGACAAGCCCAUAUGCGGGACAAAUACAUGGUGCAGGAAAUGCCGACUUAGAGAGCAUAAAUGGAGCUGUGGCUACUAUGACACCCUUGGUGAAGGUUGAUGACCCGCCUAAGUUUGAAUUGGAAUCGUACAUAGCAAAUUAUACUGGCCGAACCAGGUUCAACCGUCUGUUUCUUAUCGGCACUUGCUCCACAUAUCUCUCCGCCGAGGCACUGAAGACAGCAAUUGUCGAAGCCAAAUCAAGCAAAGAUGUCUCCAGAUACGAGAGUGCAGUGCGUGCGCUCGCUGAUGUUGCGCCACGUGAGGCCGAAGCUACACUAGACAAGGAGUGGGUAGACCGCACACGGAAGGUCGUUAAGGCGGAAACAGAUCGACUAGAGCACGAGCUGAGAGGGUAUAAAAACAACCUUAUUAAAGAGAGUAUAAGGAUGGGCAACGAAGAUCUCGGACAGCAUUACCAUCAAAUUGGUGAUUUGGUAUCGGCUUCGAAGGCCUACUCUCGCAUGAGGGAUUACUGUACGACCCCGAGUCACAUCGCCUCAAUGUUGUUUAAAAUCAUAAAUGUGGCCAUUGAGCGUGGAGACUGGUUAAGCGUCCAGUCUCAUGUGCAGCGGUUGCGAAAUCUGCAAUCGAAACAAGAAGAACAGGCUAAGAACCAGCCAAAGAUGUCGGCUGCAUUGGGUCUGUCCCAGCUGCACUCUGGGGCGUAUCUGGAUGCCGCAAACAGCUUCUUGAGCACCGACCCUAGCCUAGGAGAUUCGUAUAAUGAGAUCCUCACGUCCAACGAUGUGGCCGUGUAUGGUGGACUUUGUGCUCUUGCGUCGAUGGAUCGCAAUGAGCUCCAGCGGCGCGUGUUGGACAACAAUUCUUUCCGUAACUUCCUGGAGCUGGAACCCCACAUCCGCCGGGCCAUCUCUUUCUUUUGCAAUUCGAAAUUCCGACCAUGCCUAGAGAUCCUUGAAUCGUACCAAACCGACUAUCUUCUAGAUGUCCACUUGCAACGUCACGUCAGCACUCUCUAUACUCGCAUCCGAACCAAGUCCAUCCAGCAGUACCUCGUUCCGUUUAGUCGUGUAACACUUGAUUCUAUGGCCAAAAUAUUUGCUCCUCGAGCCGUUAGCGGCCAGACUCAGCCUAUCGAAUCGAAGUCCCCUUUUGUACAGGAAUUGAUCGGGCUGAUUCAAGAUGGAACUUUGGACUCUCGCAUUGACCUAGAGAAGAUGGUCCUGGUAUCUAAUCAGACCGAUCUACGGACAGAAGUGCAGGGUGCCACGUUAGAGAGCCUCUCAAGUUACGUCAAGGAGGCACACAUAAGAUUAUUGCGGACCAAUAUCAUCCAUGCAGGACUAGAAGUCCGUCUGCUUUCCGAUGAACCACGCAAGCAGGGACAUGCUGGACCAGGGACGAAGCAUUCACCGCUUCCGACGGGUACGUUUUAA